UAAUUUUAAAAAAUAAUGGUCAAUUAGAGGCCCUGAAUUACUAAGGGCCCUUGUACUUCAGCCCAGGUAGGCCUGUGCAUUAAACCACUCCUGGGUGCAGUACAGUGGCUCACCUAGACGGGAAAGUCGAAAAUAUUGUGUUAGCACAAAAUAUAUGAAAAUACUGAGUAAACUAACCAAACAGAGACCAAUAUGAAUGUCAGAGUGGACAUACAGGAACUAUUUUAUUGCACUAAGGUCUAAAUUGAUACAUCUUUAAAGUAUUAGUCUAUGCAAAAUAAGCCAACCAUGCUGAUUUGAAUAUCACUCACCCAGAGGUGCUGGAUGGAUCCAAAGAAUGUUUUAAAAGUCCACAGCAAACAGUGAAGACAGUAAAAGGAAGUCAGCUGGCAAAGUUCAGGACUUGUUUUAUAUAUUUUGGUUCAGCUACAGUGUAAAAUGGGAGGAGUUUUAUGUUCAGACAUGGGUGGGACCAAUAACCAGACCACCAUUACGGAUCUAAAGCAAGACUUUGAGGCCUUAAGGAAGGAGUGUUUGAAACAAGGAGUACUUUUCUGUGACCCGACUUUCCCAGCUGGACCCAAAUCUUUAGGCUUCAGUGAACUCGGGCCAAGUUCUACCAAAGCCUUUGGAGUGGAAUGGAAAAGGCCCAAAGACCUGUGCUCAAGCCCUCAGUUCAUCAUUGAUGGAGCUACAAGGACCGACAUUUGCCAAGGAGAGCUAGGUGACUGCUGGCUGAUGGCGGCUAUCGCCUCUCUGACUUUGGACAAAGACAUUUUAGCACGUGUGAUUCAUCCUGAGCAGAACUUUACAGACAACUACGCCGGCAUCUUUCACUUUCAGCUGUGGCAGUAUGGGAAAUGGGUUGACGUUGUCAUUGAUGACUUGCUGCCCACCAGAAAAGGACAGCUGCUGUUUGUCCACUCGGUGGAGAAGAAUGAGUUCUGGAGCCCCCUGCUGGAGAAGGCCUAUGCAAAGGUGAACGGCAGCUAUGAAGCUCUUUCUGGAGGCCUGGCCACUGAAGGCUUUGUGGACUUCACUGGAGGCAUCUCGGAAUGCUACAAGCUGAGCAAAGCUCCUCCAAACCUGUUCAGCAUCAUGAAGAAAGCGCUCAGUCGGGGUUCUUUGCUGAGCAGUUCUAUAUCUCCCAGCAGUGCAAAUGAAAAAGAAGCAAAGACCAAAGAGCACCUGGUGACCACACAUGCCUAUUCCAUCACUGGGGCUGAAGAGGUACAUGUGGGUGAGAGUCGAGUGGAGCUGGUGCGUCUCAGGAACCCGUGGGGUCACAUGGAAUGGAACGGCGCUUGGAGCGAUGACUCCAAAGAGUGGGAUCACGUCUUGCCGGAGGAGAAAUCCAAGCUGGAUCACUCAGCAGACGAUGGAGAGUUCUGGAUGGCGUUCUCAGACUUUGUGCAGCGGUACUCAGUGGUGGAGAUCUGUAACCUGACUCCAGAUGCGUCUAGCAGUGACGAGGUGGGACAGUGGAACCUGUACCAGUUUGAGGGAAGCUGGAAGGUGGGCUCUACGGCUGGCGGCUGCAGCAACCACCCAGCUACAUUCAGCUUAAACCCACAGUUUCCGAUAAAGCUUGAGCACGUGGACCACAGUGACCAGGAUGGAGGUCAAAACUGCUCUGUUCUUGUGGGUCUGAUGCAGAAAGGAGGACGCAAAGAGAGAGAGUUGGGCCAUGACUACAACUUCAUUGGCUUUGUCAUCUACAAAGUUCCAGAUGAGCAUAAAGGCCGCACGGACGUCCACCUGAGUCCUGAUGACCUGUGGCGUCUGAGCCCGGUGGCUAGAAGCAGCUUUGUGAACGCUCGUGAAGUGUGUGAGCGCUUCAAGCUGCCGCUGGGAGAGUACGUCAUCAUUCCCUCCACAUACGAGCCCAACCAUGAGGGCAGCUUCCUGCUGAGGGUGUUCUCUGACAAAUAGACCCCCUGCAGAACCAAUGAUGGAACGAACCCCUUAGAAAUCUACCUUUGUAGUUUUGUCAGAAUGUUUAAAU